AUGGCACUGCAUGGAGCCGUCCUAUUGGAUGCGCACCACCUGGAGCUCACCCGGCAGCUGCUGCUCCAAUUGCAUCGUGACACGUCAGCAACCAUCAGCGACUCUGAAACCCGCAAGGUGGCCUACAAGGCACUUGCUGCACAGCCCACUGCCCCCACCUCGCCCACUGCUGCACCAUCCUUCUCCUCCUCCCACCUCCCGCCCCCCUCCUCCUCCCUUGCCAUUGCCGCCUCUCUUCCCCUGUGGCCCGCCCUGCUCUCCGUCCUCUCCCCCCCCGCUGCUCAAGGGGAGCCACACGGGGCAGCAGGGGGGGGAUGCGCGCAGACAGUAGGGGGGAGGGAGGGGGAGAGUGCGGGGGAGGUGGUGGGGCGGCUGGUGGAGGGGCUGAGGGGGAGGGCGGAGGGGGAGGGGGAACGGGUGCAGCAGGGGAUGGAGCAGAGCGAGCGGCUGCUGGCACACAUGGCGGGCAUGCAGGCGGCCAUGCUGGAGCUGCUCUCAUCGCCGCAUGCCACUCCCUCCACUGCCGCUCAUGCCAUGCCUCUGCACCUCUCGCCCCCUGCUCUCGUUGACGAGCGGUUGCGGGUGGAGCGCCAGCUCAGCGAUGACGUGGCACCGGUGAUUGACAGGCUGGCAGACGAGUGGCAGACAACCCAGAGGCUUCAUCCACACGCAAUUGCUGCAGCCUCUUCUCAUUCCCCUUCCCCCCACUCCCCACCGUCCCUCACUGCACCCCUUCGAAAGUGCCAUGCACUGUGCAGCUGCAAGCCGCGCCUCACUUCCCCCCCGUCCCCCCCUUGCCCCCCCCUGCACCCCUCUCAGAGCGCGGUGCACGCGCCAAGGCACGCCAUCCGGCAGCGCGUGCUGCACUCCUUCUUCUCCCCGGGCGCCCUGCCCCGCGCGCUGCUGCACGCGCACUCCGCUCAGGGCGCAGGGAGCGAGGGGACGCGGACCGAGGGGGCAGGGCGCGAGGCUCGAGAGGCGCAAGGCGGGAUGCAUGGGCAGGAGAGGGAGAGCAGGGGGGGUGGUGGCGAGGGCAGUGGCAUGGGCAUGAGCAUGGGCAUGGACGAUGGUGGGGGCAGGGGUGAGGGCAUGGGCAUGGAGGGUGGGAUGCAUGUGGGCAUGGGGAUGGGCAUGGAUGAGGACGAUGACAGCAUCAUUUUCUAA